AUGUGGUCCUGGAGCGUGCCGCCGCCAGUGGUCCUGGAGCGUGCCGCCGCCAGUGGUCCUGGAGCGUGCCGCCGCCAGUGGUCCUGGAGCGUGCCGCCGCCAGUGGUCCGGGAGCGUGCCGCCGCCAGUGGUCCGGGAGCGUGCCGCCGCCAGUGGUCCUGGAGCGUGCCGCCGCCAGUGGUCCGGGAGCGUGCCGCCGCCAGUGGUCCUGGAGCGUGCCGCCGCCAGUGGUCCUUUGGGGCGUGCCGCCGCAGUGGUCCUGGAGCGUUUCCGCCGCCAGUGGUCCUGGAGCGUGCCGCCGCCAGUUUGGUCCCGGGAGCGUGCCGCCGCCAGUGGUCCGGGAGCGUGCCGCCGCCAGUGGUCCUGGAGCGUGCCGCCGCCAGUGGUCCGGGAUUGUUGUGUUCAUUGCUUACAGGGUUGUUGUAUGGUGGAGUUGAAGGUAGCAGCGCUGGCCGCUGCAUCCCUCCGGCGGCCCUGCCCCACGGCAGGGUAUCCCUGGGCAGGGGCGGUGUUGUAGCCUCCUACAGCUGUAACAACGCCUACACACUUCAUGGGACGCCCAUCGCCGUCUGCGUGGGCAGCAAAUGGUCUUCCUCCACCCCCAUCUGUGUCCCCGACGGCACUCCAGCGCCACCCACCACGCCCACGCCGCCACCCACCGCGCCCACACCGCCCAGACGGCAGAGAGGACGAGGUCGUAGACGACGUCCCACCCACAAGAGAGGCAGAAACCGUGGGCGGCAACCCAGCAACAAGGUGAGUGUGUCUGAGGUAGCAGCAACCUUGGAGGAGCAGCAUCAACAUGACCAGCAUGUCAUCACCGCCUACAACAUUGUCCAGUCAUCCUCGACCACAAGAGACAGCCUCAAGGAGGACAAUAUCAAGGGGCAGGCUACAAGACCCAGCAGGGAAGAAACCGUAGGUAAUGUAGAGAACAGUCAGAACGAGAGAUUGAGAAGGCUUCAGGAAAUUAGGGAGAGGAAGAAGAGGAGGGAGAGGAAACAGAAGAACAAGAAGGCACAAACUCCAGCAAGGAGAAAGUCCAAGGAGCAGCAGGAGUCGACGGAUGUGGCUGAGGUCGAUGGAUCUAGUGGCGACACAACGACAGUAACAGCAGACCCAGAGACCACACCAGUGGUGACAGAGACCCAGUCUACUCCUGGCACCACGCCUAGCACUACUACUAGCACCACGCCUAGCAACCAGGGAGACAGUGAGAUACUGGCUAGACUCGAAAGGAAGAAAGAGAGGAAGAGAAAGAGGAAGGAGAAGAGAGACAAAAAGAGAGAGAGGAAGGAACGCAAAGGAAGGAAGAUGAAAACAAGUGAAGAGCCACAACAGGCGACGGCUGUUGACGGUGUGGACCGUUUGUCGAACGAGGACCGCUCACUGAAGGAAGACCGCUCGCUGAACGAGGACCGCUCGCUGAACGAGGACCGCUCGCUGAACGAGGUCAAUCAUAGUGGAAAUGUUGCUGGAGUGUCUGCCAGCCAGACGGUAGAGGAGCGCAGGAAGGACCUGGUGACGAUACUCAAGCAGAAGAGGGAGAAGAGGAGGAGGAAGGAGAGACGGAACAAUAAUGGUAAACAAGGAAGGAACAACGGUAAAAACAGACGGAAAGAUGGAAAGGACAGGAAAAAGAUUAUCGAUGGAAACAGCGGUCUCAUAGAAAAUGAUCUGAAUAGCCGGGAUACCAACAGCGACGGACCCAGCAUAGCAGCCAGUGAAGGAAAUAACAACCAAGAUCAGAUCGCUAACGAUGUCCUACUGAGCAUACCUAGAGAACAGAAGAGGAGGAGGAAGAGUGAAGGAAAGCGUUCUAGGGAGAGUCAACCUGGAAAUUCUGACGAGGACAGUGACUCAUCCAGGACACAACCCCCAGCAACCACAACUACUACUACCACCACCACCACAAGUACAGACACACCUCCCCUCUCCACCGGCUAUCCAAAAGACUCUACCUAUAGUGCCCCCGAGCCUCGGUACACCAUUGAGGGACGAGAACCAGAAGGCACCAUAGUAGAUUUCAUUCCUGAGUCGCCGUACAGAGGCCUCGCUGAGGAUGAGUUCCUCACUGAUUUCGAGAGAGGUAAAGAUACACUUGACGGGGAACACAAGAAAAAGAAGAAAGGCAAGAAGAAGAAGAAGGUUGUUGAAACUCUAGUGGCGCAGGAAGAUUUCGGAGACGACGACUACAGUUACCUAGACGAAAUGGAAACCUACAAUGAGAGUCCCAACACUGAGGGAGAGCUUCCUGAGGGUCUCCCAGAAGGCUACCCUAAAGACAGGCUGUUGGUAGAUGGAGGAACUUCCCAGAAUACCAGGUUUGUUGAGACUGAGGACAUCGACUUCACAGAGCUGGACCAGUCUUGUGUCAUCUCGGAGGUAGACGCUCUUUACCUGCCACCUCCCAGGGUCAGACAUGCCAGAGUCACAGCAUACCACACCGUGACCAACCCAGCUCCUCCUAACAACAAGUACGCUGAGGCUGUAUAUGAGUGUGAGUUUGGCUACAGACUGGGCGAAGACUUCAGCAACAGACUCUUCUGUAGAAGAGACAAGUGGCUGGGUAUCCUCCCCACCUGCGUCGCCUAUGCUCACCAGGCUAGCAGCGGGGAGUGUGGAUCUGACAACGGCGGGUGUCAGCAGAUAUGCGAGCCCACCAGUACUGGCAGGCAGUGUCUCUGUUACAAGGGCUUCACGCUAGCCCAAGACGGCAUAUUGUGUGAAGAUGUGGACGAGUGUGAGGUGAAUAAUGGUGGUUGUGAGGGUGCCUGCAUCAACAAGAUGGGUUCCCACCAGUGUCGCUGUACUCGAGGCUACAGUCUGGCUACCAACGGCAGGUUAUGUAUUGAUAAAAAUGAGUGUCUGUUACGAAAUGGUCAUGGCCCCUGCCAGGACACCUGCCACAAUACUGAGGGUGGCUACUACUGCACGUGUGAUAAUUUACCGGGGACACACUUGGGUGUUGACAAUCAUACCUGUGAAGAUGAGGAUGAGUGUGCUAUCAACAAUGGUGGCUGCUCUCACACCUGUCUUAACACCUUUGGUCAAAUUUUCUGUACUUGUCCUGAGGGAUUUGUCAUGGCUAUGGACUGGAAGACUUGUGAUGAUAUCAAUGAGUGUGAGUAUGAAGACGUAGCAAGUAAAUGUGCUUAUGGCUGCAUCAACACUCAAGGCAGCUACCAUUGUGCUGAUGCUGAUGAACUUGUACAAACUCUACAGUGUCCUCCUGGUCUCAUGUCCACUGAGGAUGGCCGGAGCUGCAAGGAUGUGGAUGAGUGUGAGGAUAAUAACUUUGGUUGCUCAGACAUCUGUGUCAACACCCAUGGUCAUGCUCACUGUUCCUGCCCCAUUGGCUUCAACCUUGCCCUUGACAAAAAGACUUGCCAAGAUAUUGACGAGUGCUCCAAGGACCAUGACUGUUCUCAUGGCUGCGACAAUACUGAUGGAUCUUUCAGCUGCACCUGUCCUGAUGGUUUCAAGUUAGCACAUAAUUUAAUAACUUGUGUAGAUAUUGAUGAGUGCUCUGAGCCCCAUGAUUGUUCCCAUGGAUGUGAGAACACUGAGGGAUCCUUCACCUGUACCUGUCCUGAGGGUCUUACACUAGCACCAGAUCUCAUCACUUGCACAGAUACGGAUGAGUGUACCAGGGACCAUGGAUGUUCACAUGGAUGUAUCAACACUGAAGGAUCGUUUGUCUGUACAUGUCCUAGUGGCUUUAUGCUGUCAUCGGAUCAGGUCUCCUGUGUUGAUACUAAUGAGUGCUCAGGGCAUCACAAAUGUUCCCAUGGCUGCAAAAACACUAAAGGUUCAUUUUCUUGCACCUGCCCUAGUGGCUUCAUGUUGGCACCUGACCUACUGACAUGUAUUGACAUAGAUGAGUGUGAAAUCAACAAUGGUGGAUGUGAGCAGACCUGUGUGAACCUUGAAGGCUCCUACAUGUGUGACUGUGAGGCAGGCUUCCUUAUGUCUCAUAAUGACACCUGUGUUGAUGAUGAUGAGUGUUCUGAUGACAAUGGUGGCUGUGAGCAGAAAUGCAUAAAUACCCAAGGGUCAUACUCUUGCUCAUGUUUCCCUGGGUAUGUGCUUGAAGAUGUUUAUGACUGCACUGACCUAGAUGAAUGCCAAGAGGACAACUUUGGUUGCUCUGACAUCUGUAUCAAUACCAAAGGUGGAGCUUAUUGCUCCUGUCCCACUGGUUUCAUCCUCUCUAGUAACAACAAGACCUGUCAUGAUUUUGACGAGUGCUUAACUGGCAUGAAGUGCUCCCAUGAGUGCAAGAAUAUCAAUGGAUCUUUUACCUGCAUCUGCCCAGAAGGAUUCAUUCUCUCUCCAGAUCUUACAUCGUGUCUUGAUUUGAAUGAAUGUGCAGCUAACAAUGGAGGUUGUGACCAAGUCUGUGAAAAUUUUGAAGGUUCAUUUUUCUGUGACUGUGAAGAAGGCUAUACAAUCUCUCCUGAUGAUGUGUCAUGCAUUGAUGUCAAUGAGUGUGCUGAGAAUAAAGGUGGAUGUCAGCAGGUGUGUGUAAAUGAGGAAGGAUCAUUCUCGUGCUCCUGCUUUCCUGGCUAUGAGUUGGAGGAUGACUUCCAUUGCAGUGAUGUAGAUGAGUGUCACCUACAGUUGUCUGAGUGCCAACAUGAGUGUCUCAAUCUUCCAGGGAGUUAUGACUGCCUCUGUCACGAUGGCUUUGAGCUCACUUUAGAUAACCACACCUGUAUUGAUAUUGAUGAGUGUGGGGCUGACAAUGGGUGCUCUCAUUUCUGCACCAAUCACAAUGGCUCAUACACGUGUCACUGCCCACCUGGGCUAACUCUCCAUUCUGAUGAACAUGCCUGUCAUGAUAUUGAUGAAUGUCAAGGAAAAAAUGGUGGCUGUACACACACAUGCUCCAAUUUUGAGGGUGGCUAUGAAUGCAUCUGCCCUGAAGGCUUGCAGCCCCUAAAGGAAGGAAGUGCCUUUGAGAAACUCCAUGUUUGUGUUGAUAUAGAUGAAUGCCUUGAUGAUAAUGGAAAUUGUACUCACCAGUGCCACAAUUUUGAGGGUGGAUAUGAGUGCACAUGCCCUUCAGGUUUCACUUCUAAAAGAAAUAAGGAAUCAGAAAAUUAUGAUGAAUGUGUUGAUGUUAAUGAAUGCCUAGUGGAUAAUGGGAGAUGUAGCCAUUAUUGUGUAAAUACUGAAGGUGGCAUGGAGUGUCAGUGCCCAAAGGGAAUGAAACUCACUGAGAGAGUAGGAAACAAUACCUUGGAUUCUGAAUGUCAAGACAUAGAUGAGUGCCUGAAAGAAAAUGGUGGGUGCAGUCAUUUAUGCAUCAAUCUUCAAGGCACUUAUGAGUGUGAGUGCCCUGAUGGCUGGCAGCUUGAGAUACCCGAUGAUUAUUUUAGUUAUUUUGAUGAGGAGAUUCCAAACUUUGAUGUUUUCAAUGAUGUUGUGUGGAGGAAGUGUGUUGACAUAGAUGAAUGUGAUGAAGACAAUGGGGGAUGCAGCCAUAUAUGUGUUAAUGACAAUGGAGGACACAGAUGCACUUGCCCUCAAGGUUAUUUUCUGGGAAAAGAUAACCUUACAUGUCAUGAUAUUAAUGAAUGUAAUAUUGAACGUGGAGGGUGUUCACAUCAAUGUACUAACACUGACGGAUCCUUCAAAUGUUCAUGUCCCACUGGAUUCAGGUUGGUAGAUGUCACAAGAUGCCUUGAUGUAGAUGAAUGUUUAAGUGGCAAUGGUGGGUGUUCAUACAAGUGUGUAAAUCAAGUUGGAAGCUACCAUUGUUCUUGUCCUCCCGGACUUUUGCUUGAAGAUGACAAUUCAACAUGUGCAGAUGUAAAUGAAUGUGGCAAAGACAACGGUGGCUGCUCACAUACCUGCCACAACCUUCAUGGCCGAUACACUUGCAGCUGCCCACCUGGAUUCAGACUGGCAAAUGAUGGCCACAACUGUGAAGAUGAAAACGAAUGUAGAUCAAAUAAUGGUGGAUGUUCUCAUAAGUGCAUCAAUAAAGAAGGAUCCUACAAGUGCAUAUGUCCAUCUGGACUUAAAAUGGCUGUAGAUGGUCUUACUUGCCUUGAUGUAGAUGAAUGUGGUAUGAAUAAUGGUGGGUGCUCUCAUCAGUGUGCCAACCAUGAAGCUCAUUAUACCUGUCUUUGCCCUACUGGCUUUACCCUGGCUUCUGAUGAGCAUACUUGCAUAGAUAUAAAUGAAUGUGAUCUUGAAAAUGGUGGCUGCAGUUACAAGUGUGUCAAUACAGAGGGAGGAUAUGAGUGCCAUUGCUCAUUGGGCAUGGAACUUGGGAAAGAUGGACAUAUUUGUCACGAUAUUGAUGAGUGUGCCAACAAUAAUGGUGGUUGUAAAGGCCAUUGCCAUAACACAAGAGGAUCAUACAGGUGUGAGUGUCAAAUUGGCUAUCAGCUAGGAGUGGACGGAACUACCUGUGAGGAUAUAGAUGAGUGCUCUCUUGCUAAUGCUGGCUGUUCUCAUGGCUGCACCAACACCAAAGGAUCCUUUAUUUGCACGUGCCCUGCAGGUUAUCAGGUUGCAGCAGACUCUUAUACCUGUCUGGACAUAGAUGAAUGCCUUAGUACACCAUGCCAGCAUGAUUGCUUUAAUACCCUUGGGUCAUUCUACUGCUCCUGUAGACCCGGCUACCAGCAAAGACCCGAUGCUGCUCACCAGUGUUGGGACAUGAAUGAGUGUGAGGAUGGUAAUAAUGGUGGUUGUGCUCAAGACUGUUUCAACACUGUGGGAUCCUAUCGCUGCGGUUGUUCACUAGAGUACGCUCUUAGUGAUGAUCUACACUCCUGUAACUAUAAGCCAGUGUUUUGCCCAGUAAUUGUCGCACCUUUACAUGGUGAAAUGACUUGCUCAGAGCACCUGGUGGGUGAAGCAUACCCUCUGGGGACCACUUGCUUCUUCACUUGCUCUGAGAGUGCAGCACUCCAUGGUAAUCCCAACACAACUUGCCUUAAUACUGGAAUGUGGUCCAAUAAUGCUGUCACAUGUCAAGCUGUGAAAUGUUCAAUGUUAGCAGAGGUAGAGCAUGGAAGAGUGUCUCCAAAGAGAUGCAUUCGCCGCACAUCAGUUGUGGGUCAACACUGUUAUUUAUCAUGUUCAUCUGGAUUUCGUGUAGUUGGUAAUCCAGUCCGUACAUGUCAGCCCAGCGGCACAUGGUCGCCAGAGUCUCCCAGCCCCUAUUGUGAAAAAGAUACAUUGAAGCCAUUCAUCCAGUGCCCAAGUGAUGUGAUGGUUGAUCUUGCCCCUCACCAGAGCACUGCUUAUGUCAGACUUCCUCAACCUAAAGCCAAUGUGGACUGGUUCAGAUAUGUCUCAGGAGUGCAGCAGAAGAGAGAGCAGGACCAGGCCACUACAAUCCCAAGAUAUGUUGAUGCAACUCCUGACUGGGCAAAGCAACUGGAAGCGGAUUUGCCAUCAGGAAAAACAACAGUGACCUUUGUUGCACGCUCUCCAGUCUCUGAGGAGUCAGCAGCAUGCUCCUUCACAGUGGAAGUUGUAGAUAAGGAGGAUCCACAAGUAUUUGGUUGCCCAAAGUCAUUCACUGUUCAUCUACCAGAAGGAGAAGUGAGUGCUGAAGUAACAUGGAAGGAACCAGUCUUUAAGGAUAAUGUGGAAGUUGCUCAUCUAUGGAAGUCUUUGGAGCCUGGCAGACAUCUCACAUCAGGGAACUACCCAGUACAUUAUGUUGCCAUGGACCCAUACAGGAACCGUGCAAAAUGUUCUUUCACUGUCACAGUCCAGUCACGGAACUCCCAGUCUGCACACCCACCGUUCCAGUCCAACCAGGUCUUGACUGUCUGCCCGGGUUUGAAUGGAGGGAAACCCAUCCCUAUGUAUGCUUGGCGUGUGCCCCAGGGAUGCACCAUAAUAGGCACCACCAACAGCAACAAUGUUCUCCAUGCCCAGUGGGAACAUACUCUCACAAAUACUCAAGUAAAUGGUGUGAACAGUGUGGUAAUGGGGGUACGACAGUCGAACCCGGGUCCAACUCACGCACCCUCUGUCUAUACCCCAUUAGCAGUGCAACAAAAUCAACCUCAACAUUCUUCACACAAAUUGCACAACGAAAGAAAGCAUGGAAAUCACGGGAAACAUUUUCAUGGACGUAAUCCUGUGCGAGGAGAUGUAGCUUCCAGUUCCUACCAAGACAGGACACCCAGUAGAACAUUGGCAAGUCAUUUUUUUGAGCACUUUCCUGCACUGACUGCUCUUCAACCUGGGACUACAUUGGCCAUUGCCCAUGCACAUGCACGAGGGCCUAAUGCUCAUGCACAGGCUCUUGCACAAGCUAGAUUCCAUGGAUUUGGAAAAUAAUGAAAUAUUUUAAUAUGUUGGUUUUGGUUGUAAUUCCUGAGGGUUCAGAUUGUUCUUUUACUGUAAAUAUUAGGAAAAUAUUAGCAAAUUUGAAUUAUUCAAUAGUGAGAACUGGCAACAAGUGCCAUCCUCAGUAAUGGCUGUUCACAUUAUUUUUUAUAUAAAUAUUUCUGAACAAUUACUUCAUUAUUUUAAAAUAGAGUUUUUAUAGUCAUAGCUUUAAGGUUUUUCAAACAAAUGUUUUAUUAUUGUCCAAGUAAUCUGAUGAGCCCUUUUCAGUGGUAAAAAUUUUAACAAGAAUAACGAGUUAACUAUUAAAACUUGAAAUUAGUGGCAUUUCAUUGAAUAAUAUGUCUUGCAAGAUAUUUGAUGUUUUCUCGAGUAUGUUGUUAUAUAAAAGAAACCUGUUCUCCGGAUAGAGACUGCAUGCUCAUGUUGCACUGCAUAGGAACAAAAAGGGAGCGAGAGGGAAACGGUAAUCUAUUUUGCAGUGAUCUGCAAGUUCUUGUUUAUGUAAUUCGUCAGUGGUUUUUUUUUUUAAUUUUCUAGUCUAUGUACGACCCACACAGGUUCAUUGUCAUUUUUUUAAUUUUUGCUAAAUAAAGCAGAAAAAAUUUAGUAUGUCAAGUAGUAUGCUAAAGCAACAUUUACUUUUAUUACAAAUACAGUAAGAAAGGUUGUAAUAUACUGCAGCAUUCUUAAGCAGUACAGGAGUAAACCAGUAUUAAAUUUCGGUAUGAAAAACUGUUUUAUACUAUUUACAGUAUAAGCUAUUAAAAAUUACAUCAGUUUCAAUGCUACACACAUUUGGCUUUGGUUACAAUAUUAAAACUUAUCACUUUUUAUACAAUAAUGUUUCCUACCCUUUUAUAUAGAUAAUUUUUUAUCUGAAAAAUAAUACUAAAGUAUAAUAAUACAAUUAUUAUAUCCAAUGUAAGUGAAUUUUGAACAUUUCUAUCACUGUACAUUUAUUUAGGUUAAAGAAAAAAUUUCUCCACAAGGUUUGCUCAGUGCUUCAUGACAUGAGAGGAUGCACAGUUGGUGUGACAGAUUUGUAUCACUAGAUGUUUAAUAUGUCAUUACUUUUAGACAAAGCAUUAUUAGAUUUUUUCUUGGGGAGGGGUUACUAAAUUCAUAGGGGUAAUACAGCACUUUGGGAGGACAGGCAGUUCGGUUCGGUUCAGUCCAAGGGACUGGAGGUCAUGGGCAAUUCCUUGGCUAAAGAACCUUCACCCAUAUCAAGAAACCUCCCUUGAAGGGUUCAAAGAAAUCCAUGUACUGCAAUGCAGUAUUUAUGAAUAAUAAUUUAUAUACUAAUGCAAAUUCAGUGGACCCUUGAAUUUCAUCAUCCCUUUUCUGUAUGUAAAACGAUAGUUAUUCUCUUUAAAAUGUAUUUUUUGUUAAUAUUUCCCAUAAGACAUAAUGUAAAUCCAAUUAAUCCAUUCCAGGCACCCAAAAAUAACAAAAAAUACAUUCUGUAGAUUUUUUUUUUUUUU